UUAGAGUUUAAAAACUUGGGCUCUAAUUGUGGUUUAAUUGUGUUGUAUUUUCAUGCGAGUCAAAACUAAACAAGCAAAGAAAAGUAAAUAAAGGAAAAUUCCAACUAAGGGAGCUUCACCCAGGAGUUGCUUCCCCCUAACUACCUACCAAGACUCGUUGGAUUGGAACGAUUGCUAUGGGCAAGGUAACCGCGAACCGCAGAGGGAUACAUAUAUGUUCGUAGACCACAAUCCCAAUUUCUAAACUGAGGUAAACAUUAUAGGCAGUGUCACUCGGCUCUCUCGGUUUAGGCAAUCGGUGGUUGACUUACUCCCUCACUCAACUCAAGGGGUGGACGGCUUAAUCGUGCUUAACCAUUUAACAUAAUUCAACAUUGAGGUUUGCCCUAAAUUAACCUAGUUAGGAGGCUUAAAAAGCUAAAGGAAAACCAACUCGAUUGAGUCUCCCUUGGAAGGGGGAUUUUCCUCUCUAAGCUAGGUUAAAGUGGCUAAUUAGAUUGCAAAGCACCAACAUGCACAAACCUAAGGAUGCUAAGCAAAAUUAUGCACAAUCCUUAGGUUUCUAAGCACCAACAUGCACAAACCUAAGGAUUCUAAGCACAAAAUAUGCACAACCCUUAGAUUUCUAAGCACAAGCAUGCACAAUCAACAUGAAUAAUACCUCAAUCAUUGAAUUAAACAAUACCCAAUGACAAUCAUUCAAUCUAAACAAGUAAUUACAAAGUAUUAGUUAGAGAUAUACAACACCCAAGAGAAAAGAGUGAGUUUCUAGAGAGAGAGUUAGGGAUUACAAAUUUGAGCUCAAGAUCUUCUUCUUCUUCUUCUAGGCUUGAAUCUCCACCCAAGCCUCCAAUGAUGCUCUAAAAUCACACUAGCACCUCCCUCUCUCCCUAGAGCUCCCCUUUAGUGUUUUAGGUUGAAACCCUAGAGAAAGAAAGUGUUCCUUCUCCAAAAACUAGCUCUCCCUUCUCUCUCCCCAUUGUUGUCUUCAUAUUUGCCCGAAAGCGAUCAGUUCACGGAUGCGUUGGCCAGUUCAUGGCCGUGAACACCUAAACACGUCCGUGAACUUAGUGUCGUCCAGAACGCACCCACUCGCCUGGGUUCACGGUCAAUGGCCCCAGUUCAUGGUCUUAGAGACCGUGAACUGCCUUGUCGUGAGUAACUUCUGGAACCUCACUGGACUGCUCAAUGUUCACGAUUUGUGGUCCAAGUUCAUGGUCUUAGGAGAUCAUGAACUGUCUUGCCCGCUCGUGAACUGCGGUUGUUUCCUGGGACACCUUCACUUCACUAUUAAGAGGCAAUUAGCACGAUACUUUGGACUUUUCUUCAGUUUUUGCACUUUUUGACUUCCAAUUAUCCCAAAAUUCGACCUCGGCCCUUCCACACGUGCUAGGACCUGAAAUAUAUCAAAACAAGCACAACCUAACGUGGAUUACGUCGAGGAACAAUGAAAUACUAAGCUAAACGAAUAAGAAAUAAGGGGUAAAAUUUGACAGAAAAAACAAUAAGAAAUACAAUAUAGAAUAAUAUUUCCACAUCUUGGAUCUGUCGAUUAUGUUAUGGCCGGAGUCCGACGCAUGGCGACCUGGUGAUGGGAAUUGUAAUUAUUUCUACUUCUCAAUGUGUACAUUUGAGCCCGAAUAAGUUUUCUUAUCAAUUGUUCGAGAAUCGGAUUAGGGUGUGAAGUGAGGUAAAUUUUUGUGAAUUAAUGUUUGAAUGUAGAAAUUAGGGCAAGAGAUUAGCAGAUUAAGGUGUUUGAAUGAUGUUUGAUGUUGCAUGACCUUAAUUGAACAUUGGUGGGCUGAAAUUUGGGUACAAUUUAUGGAUGAAUGUGAAAAUUGCCCAUCAAGUGCAAAAAUGUGAAUGAAUGUGGUUCAGUGCUUUUGAUUGAUGGUUGGAAGCCAUUGGGGUAUGGUUUAGGUUUGUUUUUCUGUGUGGAUAACCUGUGAAUCGCCUAGAACCAUGCCUCAAUGAGCUUUGUGAGCAUUUAAGUUGUGUUGUCCAAAAGCAGGUUUUGUGAUAAGCUUUCAAGGCACAGGAUUGUAGUGGAAGCAUAAGUGUGGGGGAAAUCUUUUCUCCACUCGAUGUGAAACUGACAGUUACUUCCAUGUGUCAUGUAUGUCUUGGAUGUUGUUGUAGGAUGGUUGACUUGAGCCAUUCGUACUUGCUAGAGCUCAGAAGGUGGCCGAAAGUUGAAAAGGAAGCGAAGUUUUGGGAUUAGUCUUGGACUGAAGUCCACUUGAAACUCGACUUCACUCAGUUCGAUGGCCUUCACUGUGGAUAUAUCAUGCAAGAGGCUCUGACGCACCCACAAUGGCGUCAGCUUCUCAAGUUGGAAGACGACAUCUACACGGAGCUGUGUGUAGAGUUCUUCAGCACAUUCUGCCUCAUGAUAGAGACCGACAUAAUGGGGCAAUCGACUCGCUUUGUUAAUUUUUGCUUGGGAGGUGUGCCAUGAAGAAUUCUUUCAACUAGUUUGUUGAAGCAAUGAGGAAGUGUGCGAGGCAGAUCUCUUCAAACUUUUUGCCGCGCAAUCUUCGUUCAAUAAGUUUUGCCUCCCGGAAAUGCUCCAAACCCGAUUUGUCCCAUCCCUCACUUCGGCAUCUGCUAGUAUUCUCCUCAAUGACGAAUCCCUCUAGUCAACUUCACCUUGGCUCGGUCCUUGCGACCUCUUUCAUCAGGGAUAUUAGUGGAAGUCGAUGCUACGUCACCUCUUUGGGCCCCUUCAUCCCCCACUUGACUCGACACUUCAAUGUCGACCUCGAGUGCUGCAAAAAGGAAGGGCUCUCCACAGGAUUUAGGGAGGACACCUUAAGAACCAUGAAGUUGCUUCAAGUCUUCAGACUGUUUCCCUAUAUCGAGGGACUCUCCCUCCGACCAAAGGUUCCUCCCCAGGAGCAGCCACCCACCAAAGCCCACGGCCACCGUCGGCGUAGCGCAACACCACCUUCAUCAUCAUCAGGGAUCGGACCCUCUACCUCCUAACCCCACCUCGAGGCACACUAUGUAGGAUUCACUGCUCGGCUUGACCGCACCGACAAUCUCAUAGAAAGUAUGGGUCGAUGCUAGGGCGUCCUGUCGGAUGACGAGUAAUGAGCUUGCCGCUACGAGGUAGCCAUCUAGGGAGACAUGUGGUAGAGCCUAGAAUUUCUCCAACUUUCAUUCACCAAGCCAUGCGGUAACAUCGCUCUACCCCCUAUUUUGCUCCAUUGAGGGCAAUGUCGAGCUUAAGUGUGUGUGUGUGUGGGGGGGGGGGGUAGUUUACUAUUAUGCUUGUGGGCGUGAAUGAAUGCUUGGAGCCUUG